CAUGAGGACGAUUUGACCUCUGUCUCCAGCACUUGCACCACUCUGACGGUCGAAGCGACCGUCUCAGGACCAGGACCAGGUUCAGCUGAAACCAGUAUGAGUAGCAGAGAUUCUGCGGUCGAUCUGACCGCAAGCACAGAGGAAACGCGCCAAGUAUUGAGUCUAACGGCUUCCUUGCUUUUAUCCUCAUCACGUAACGACCUACCAAUCCCACAUCAAUCCCCAGACACGACAGCCCGCGGGGUUAAGCGCCGUCACACCGAUGAUGAUUCAUGCUCUUCUACCCUAUCCGAAUCCUCGGAAGAUGAACAAAUCGAAGCUAUCGAUUUGACCGAUACUGCGGGAUCAUCAGUCGCGAAAGUCCUCGCUAAACAGAGGGAGGAUGCCAUCAGGGCUCAGCAAUCACUAAACGACGACGACGAAGGUGCAUCGCUCAUCAAGGCUUACAAGUGUCCUAUUUGCAUGGAUACACCAGAGAAUGCCACAACCACAGCCUGUGGUCACCUAUUCUGUCACCGCUGCAUUCUCGAGUGUUUGAAUCGUUCCAAUGAACAACCGGAUAAUCCAAACAAGUUUGCCCGUGGUACAUGCCCCGUGUGCCGAAAGCCUAUCACUAGGAAUGAGGCCCCGGGCCCUCGCCGCAGCCUUAUUCCUCUUCAACUCAAGUUGAUGACCAGGAAGAGAGGCGAUUCAGCACCCAUCGAUGCUUAA